UGUUUGUCUCCCUGAGAAAGGGCAGUGGUGCCUUGUUUAUCCCCGUGUUAAGGAUAAUGUUGCUCGUACUUGCCACCUGGGAUAAGGGGUAAUAGAGGGAUGUAGCUUACUGUGGAGGUAGUUUGGCUAUCAGUAGCCUGCUGCUUUCCUGGAGUUUACCGAGUCACAAAGCUCCUCUGACAUUACCAGCUCCAAGAAAAAAAAAAGACAUUUUUCAAAUUUUUCCUGAAGAAGGAAGAACUUAGCAGCGUCUGAACUGCAUGUGAGAGGAAAACCAGCCCUCCCCCCCCCCCCCCCCAAUGCAGUGAGUGCACAGACUGACCUCCCCACAAACCCUAGUCUGCUGUGUUCCUCCUGUCUGAUUGCUGGAUGGGGGAGACAUGAAAGUCAGACAUGUUUUUUUUCCCUCUUUCUUCAAGGCCGCUCCUCUCCAAGUUCAAGUGGAAAAGUAUCCAGAGUCAGCAGAAAUCCAAGAGACGAUUUGGAACAAAUCCGACCGGAUUCUGCCCUGCAAACUUUCUUCCCGGAUUCUGUUUGUACAGCGUCCAGGCCUCGGCUUGGACUUGCCAACCGCGACCAUUGAUCCGAGCAGCUGGAGCGGCAGCGAAAGUCCUGCCGAGGACAUCGAAAGAAUGAGCGAUUCAGCAGAUAAACCCAUAGACAAUGAUGCUGAAGGUGUCUGGAGUCCAGACAUCGAACAGAGCUUUCAGGAAGCUUUGGCCAUCUAUCCACCAUGCGGGAGGAGGAAGAUUAUCUUAUCUGAUGAAGGCAAAAUGUAUGGUAGGAAUGAAUUAAUAGCCAGAUACAUCAAAUUAAGAACAGGGAAAACGCGGACCAGGAAGCAGGUGUCUAGUCACAUACAGGUCUUAGCAAGGAAGAAAGUUCGCGAAAUCCAAGCCGCCAUUAAGGUGUCUAGCCACAUUCAGGUUCUUGCCAGAAGGAAAUCUCGUGAUUUUCAUUCGAAGCUGAAGGAUCAAACAGCCAAGGACAAAGCACUUCAGCACAUGGCAGCCAUGUCAUCUGCCCAGAUCGUAUCGGCUACGGCAAUGCACAGCAAGCUGGGUCUGCCAGGUAUUCCGCGGCCAACCUUCCCUGCCGCUCCAGGGUACUGGCCAGGUAUGAUCCAAACCGGACAACCCGGAUCUUCACAAGAUGUAAAGCCAUUUGUUCAGCAAGCAUACCCUAUCCAAUCCACAGUCUCGGCACCCAUUACCGGGUUUGAACCCACUUCUGCUCCUGCAUCCUCCGCUCCUGCUUGGCAAGGUCGAUCUAUUGGCACAAACAAACUUCGGUUGGUAGAGUUUUCUGCAUUUCUAGAACAGCAACGAGAUCCUGAUGCAUAUAACAAACAUCUUUUUGUGCACAUCGGACAAGCCAACCACUCAUACAGUGACCCAAUGCUGGAAUCUGUAGAUAUUCGCCAGAUUUAUGACAAAUUCCCAGAGAAGAAGGGAGGUUUAAAAGAACUCUUUGGAAAGGGCCCUCAAAACGCAUUCUUUUUGGUAAAGUUUUGGGCGGAUUUAAAUUGCAAUAUCCAGGAUGAUGCUGGUGCAUUCUAUGGUGUAACGAGUCAGUAUGAAAGUGCAGAAAACAUGACGAUUACCUGCUCCACCAAAGUCUGCUCAUUCGGGAAACAAGUCGUAGAGAAAGUAGAGACAGAAUAUGCACGGUUUGAAAAUGGUCGUUUUGUAUACAGGAUAAGUCGUUCGCCAAUGUGUGAAUAUAUGAUUAAUUUUAUCCACAAGCUUAAACACCUCCCAGAGAAGUAUAUGAUGAACAGCGUAUUGGAAAACUUUACCAUCUUACUGGUUGUAACUAACAGGGACACACAAGAGACCCUUCUGUGCAUGGCAUGUGUAUUUGAAGUUUCAAACAGCGAGCACGGAGCACAGCAUCACAUCUACCGGCUCGUCAAAGAAUGAAUGUACCCCCAACUCUCACUACGUCUAGACACUAAAACUUCACAAAGGAACGGAGUAAACCUCAACACUAAGGUGGCAGCGCCAAGCGCCAGCCAACCAGCCAGCCAGCAUUUCUCGGCUUGUUUAUUUCAGUGAAGUCAUUUUUAAUAUGUUUUUAAAUUAAUUAUAGCUGUGAAACAUUACAGUAAAGGUUUAUUUGUUAAAAAAAAAAAAAAAAGAAAAGAAAAAAAAAUUGUGAAUGUGCUGGGUGCACACGCUCUGCAUUGCAGAGCAAGCGCAGAGCAAAAUGCCCAGCAGUGAUGCAAUUUAAUGGGUGGUAACAUAGAAAAAUACCAAGUUUUUCAGUUAAAGAAAAUAAACAUAAACGGCCGCUGUUUAACCAUUGGAGUGUCACAGAGGAUGAAUAUCCUUGUGGCUUCCAAAGCGUUAAAUGUUUAUCUUAAAAGCGUUUGGACAAUGCUAGCAAACUGACAUUGAACUGUAUGAAUGUAACAGACAAUAUAGAAAUGUUAAUAUUUUUAACUACCUGGGGAAGACGCAUACAGACGAAUGUAAAUUUCUAAAUUAUUUUAAGAAAAAGUUUUUUUUUUUUUGAAUGUUUCAAGCCAAAUGUUAAAUCUAUUCUUAAGAUGAGCCUCCUCUAUUUUUUUCUUGUUUUAACUAACCUUUUUCAGUCCUGAAUUUUAAAACGGUACGACCAUCUAUACCAGCCCUUGUACUUCACGCAAUUUAUAAAAAGAAACACUGUGUUAUAUAAUAACAAAGAUGGAUUAUUUUGCAAUAAAUCUGUUUUAUGUUUUCGUAAACAUACUAAACUGUUAAAUGUAUAGUAGUUUUGGGGUUUGUUUUGUUUUUUUUUUUUUGUUUAAUAUAUUGUGCGGAGUGAGUGGAAUUACCGUUUUUUGCUAAAUUAAUUUGACAUCAUUGCCCAGAUUUAAAAUAAACCUUACAUUUAAAGAGAGAGAAACUGCUGCAAAGUAAAAUAAAAUAAGCAUAAUCUGUUCAAAUUCUAUUUUAAACGUUCUCCCCAAAAUAAAGACCUUAAACCUUGUUAAAGACUUUAACAUUUAAAAAAUGUUAAUAUGCACAUCAUCAGCAAACGCUAAAAUUCAAUUUGACUCCAUGAAAUGCCUUGUGCACGGAGACUAUCAGUAUCAUCGUGACACAGGACAGAUAAUGUCCUCUCGUCCUCUAACACCAUGUGUUUAUUAAAGUGACACCCCGGAGAGGCAGAAUGAGAGAUUUUCAUAUUCCAUAGUGCUUUAGAAUUGUAUUGGGUUUACUUUAAAAGUCCACUGUGGAUUUGAUUAAUAUUUCUCUCUCUUUAUCCUUCGUGAUUUACAGCAGCUCCCGUUCUCUGAUCUGUACUCUGUAACUAGGUUUACGUAAUACUCAAUCUCUGUGAUUAUGAUAAAUGUUGAUCCAUCAGUUACAGGGUGGCAGGUUUGGUGCCUAUAGUAUCCCUUUAAUAAGGAACAUGCCAAAUUCCCAGCAUAGUUGCCAAAACCCAAAAGGAAAAGCUACAUUGCGGCAUUGUACAGUAACUUUCAUUUUCUGUGUUAAUCCUUGAUACUGUAGUAUAUAACCUAAUACGUUGCAGAGAUAACACUCAAUUGCCAGUUCUGGACUUUUGGAUCUCACUAAUACAGUUCAAAUUAUCUGCUCCUCUUACAGUUAUCACUGGCGCAGUGUCUUGCAGACGCUAAUUUCACUCCUGCCGCUUGGAUGUGGAGACAUGAGGUUCACACUGAGAUUGCACUCUGUCACUAAAUAUAAUUUUUUUAAACAUAUUUUUUUAUUUUAUUUUUGUUAUGGGUGAUUUUUUUUUUGAUUUUUUUUAAAAACACUUGUAUUUCAAGUCGAAUAUGGGUUUUUAAAGGAAACUUAAGUGGUUGGUGUCGUAAUGAUAACUUGUUGUUGAAGCAGUUAAAAUUCAAUGGGAAGCUUCCACAAAUUUGCCAAUUUAUGUUUUAACCCUUUAGAGCAUUCAAGGGCUGUAUGACUAUCUUUAGUUUUUUUUUCCCAUUCUAAAAAUUCUCUUUUGCCCUACUGGCGCACUGAGGGUUAAGUCCAGUGCAUUGUGUAUUAUGUACUUAAAUGGAUAUAUUUCACAAAUGAUUGAAGGAGGUCAAUUCUUUUCAUUUCCUUUCAGUAUUUAUAAAAACUUUUCUCACCUUCUUUCUAAAAAGCCUUAAAUCCUGUAAAGGUUUAUUUUGCAUAACUCUGCGAGAGCCAGUGAAGUGACAUAAGAUUUUAUUUUACAUUGUGGCAAUCAAGGUAUCAAAAUACAAAGCAAAUGUGAUCUAUUGCACAUACCGUAGGAUUUCACAUUAACCUUUUUUUAGAUUUGUUUCUUUCUUUUUCUUUUCAGAGCUGCCAAAGCAUUUUGAAAUGCCGUGCCUUAGAAUGUAACAGUAGACUUAACUAUUUCAUUACACACAAUACCCAGAUAUGUGUAGCGGAUUGCCACAACUUCAAGACUGCAAUCCCUCCAAAAGCUACCAAAACCACGACCAAUCAGAGAGAGACUGGCACAGUGAUUCGACCCACUCUCUGUCUUGCUGCCAUUGUGCAAAUGGAGUAAAAAUUACAAUUUAUGACAGCCAAUAAUCACUGGAAUAAAUGUCAGAUGCAAGCUGACGCUUUGCGGAUUGGAUUCUGAUAUAAUUAAGAAUUCUUUCUCCCGCAUGGCUGUAUCUCUGUUCUUCUUUUCUGACAUUCAAGAGGUCCUUCGGUGUGGUGAAAUGUGUAACAUCACUCACUAUUGCCUGUCAAUAAAUCACUUGUGUUUAAAUUCCGACCUCACCAUGACACAGACAGGUGAUAACUAAACUUAGAUAAGGAUCACUGCCUGACAAAAUUAAAGGGUACCUCUUAUGCAAGUUUUAAAGAGCUUGGAUUUCUGUGUAUACCUUGUGCUAACAGAUUAUCUAGCAAAUGUGUAGAUUGGAAGAGAGAAAAAAUAUUUUAAAAUAUGUAUUUUUUCCCACCUAUAAGUGAAUUCUUUAGCAUAGACUCUCUAAGGUAGUAUAGGAAUGGAGUGAUUGAUGUCACUCCAGAUGCCAAAGUGCUGGCAUCAUACAGGAGGAAGGUGUCUCCAAACGGGAUUAUCACAAAAGAAUGCAGGUCUUGUGCAUAUCUCAAAAUUUUACAUUGAAUGCGUGUAUAAUACAUGUAUAUCUGUAACAAGACAUAUUUAAUGUAUUUGUGAAAGAUAAAGCUAGAGUCUAAAAAAAAAAACAAGCGAAUAACCGGGUUUACUCUAAAAUCUAUAUAAGGCUAUAUAUUUUUAAACUGAAAUCCAGACAGACAUAUGUCAUAUAAAGAAUUUGAACCAACCUGUUUUAAAGCAGCAAGUUACCAAUUAAUUUCACAUUUUAAUCCAAAAUCCUAGCAGUGGAAAGUUUCAUUCUCCACUGCAUUUGCAUUGACCGUUCCAUGGUGCAUUUCAGUUCUGUGAAUAACCCAGCUUUUAAUGGCUAGGCAUUCAACCUCAUCCAAAUCCCCUGUCCAACCCGAACAUCUUAAACACAACCAAUCACACUGUCUACACCGUGAUAAAUUCCACUUAUUGUAUCUUCAUGCCAGAUCUUCAAGGGUUAUUCACUAAAGCAUCACAUUUUGAAUAGCUGCCCUGGAAAAAUUAGCUGAUUUAUUUCCCUGCCUAAACCUCAAAAUAAAUUUUGAAUUUAGUGACUUACCCUGUUGGAGUUUCUUAAUAGAUCUAGUCUCUCUGUCUUCAGGGUAAGUAACCCCACAAAACCCAGUUCUGAACAUCCUUUGUAGCCACCUUUACAUCCCUUACAGCCCUGUGCAGACACACCCAGCACACUGUACUGUAUCACUAGGUUUCGUGGAUGAGCUUUUGGAGGGGUUGCUUUUUCCUGAAGUGCUUUUUUUUUAUUAUUUUUUUAAGUUUUUCCAAUUACUGGGACUGGUUUGCAUUUGUGCAGAAAAACCCACCACGGACACACAGCUGCGUUUGUUAAAAUGCCUGGCGCUGCUUUGUAAGCCUUUCUUUUAUGACCAAAAGAUUCGGCAGCCUCGUUUUAACGUGCCUUUGUAUCUGAAAAUUCCAGCUUUGAACAGUACUGCCAUAUCCAUUAAAGAAAAAAAUAUAUCUGUAGAGACCAAAAAAAUUGAUCACCGUAAUGCCUUUGAUUGGACGAAUGGAAUCAAAGCUCUGGGUCUCCAUGCUUUUACUCCUAACAGUCUAUACAUGGAUCUGGCAGCAUUAGUAUGCAAUGUCCGUAAAAACAAAUUCAUUGCAUCACAGUCUGUAUCCAACCACAGGCUCUGCGGCUAGUUUAUGUGAAACGCGUUGGGAUAAAAAGUCUCAAGUUUCCAGGUCUAGGCAAUUUGCCUUGAGAUCAUGUUUUUAGGGCUGUGGUUGUAAUUCCCUCCCAGUCUUACAUGUGCCACGGCCAUGCGGAGUCUAUGCCACUCAUGAGUUGUAAUAUGAGUAGCGUGCAUGUAUAGAGCGCUUGGAAUCGCAUGCUUUGUGACCUACCCUUAAUCUGUUUUUACCAUCUGUGUAUUUCUGGUGAAUCACAAUGCCAGGCUUUUUUUUAAUAUGCCUUACAGAAAAUGCCAUCCUUGCCACCCUUGGUGUUGGUUGAGCAUUAAGGAAAUUGACGUUUACUUACAAGUGGGUUUGAUGUUGCAGAGCCUUGCCUUACAGUAUCAACAUUAUUUGUAUUACAUGUGAAUGUAUAAAUCAAGGCUCAUGUCAUGCAAAUCAAUGUUUCAACGUUUUAUACAGACAUUAGAAAGGACAAGUAACUAAUCCUUUUUCUAAAUCUUUUCAUAAAGAGGUUGUGAUUUGGCAGUUCUGGGAAUAAGCCAGAAUACUGUGAUUUUUACCUUUUUGACUGGGGUCUGUUUGCUACAUUGUGAAUUUUGGAGAAUUAUUAAAGAAGCUGCACAAUUUAGAACAGAAUUGUUAACUUGAAAGAAGUUAGGAAAUCUAAUUUCUCAAGGUCCCUAUUUUGUCCUAAAAUUUUCAGUUAUGUUGUCGAUUCUCCACAAAUCAGAGUUAGGGAGAAAACCCCACUUUCUGUACAACCCAAUGACUAUCUUACUUAUCUGUGUAUUUUACUUUUUGACUUUUUUUUUUCUUUACUGCUGUAAAAAAACAAAACAAAAAAAAACAAAGAAUAUAACUAGUUCUCACAUAUAGCGCACACUUCAUUACACUGUGCUAUGAAAAUGAAGGUUUAAUUGUCAGUACAAGUAGUUAGAACAUACUGUGAUGUAAAAAAUAUAUAUAAAAAUUGUGGAGACACUUCCUGUGGAAGUAAUUUCACUCAUAACACGUUGCUUAAAUUGUAUAGGUUUUCAAACUCGGCAAAUCUAACAAGCAAAGGAUUACAUAGCCCCUUGAAUAAACCCUUGGGGAGAGUGCCUGCUAUGCUUAAAAUCUACACCAGAGGGCGCUUUUGUUUUUUUAUUUUGCUAAACCCAAAUUAUUUUCUCGGCCAAGUCUCAAAGCAAAACAUUUAGCCGAUUACUAAAGGCGUAUUUUUGGUUUUGCUCUUUAAAAAAAAAAAAAAAUUGUUUAUAUUUUAACUUUUCUUUAAGGGGGGAGGGAGAGAAAGUGUUCUGUAUCCAGUUUGUUUUUAAUAUCAACACUUUUUAUUGUGUCAAUAUAAUAAAGCACUAAAUACUGGUGCUGGGGGGUGUGCCUCUUGCGCUGGUACUUUUUGACAGAUUUCUAUGUUUCUAUAGCCGCGUUAUAGAGUGUGUUUUCUUUUUUUUUUCGUUGCCUAACUGGCGCUAACUGCCAGAGAGGUAAACUCAAUGUGCCUGAGAAAAAAAAACAAAAAAAAACAAUACAAAAGAAUUUUAUACUAUAAACCUGAAUAGCCUUUACUACAGAAAUAUUGCUAUGUUGUGUGUAAAUGUUUUUACUUUGAGAUACAAUUAUGUUGACGAUGUAAAUUACUUAAAAGGAAUUUCUCACGUUCUGUUUAUUGUACUGUGUUAAAAACAAAAUGUUUGUGACUUUUACUCAUAUGGUCAGUGUUUCAGUUAUUAUUGCACUGCUGCCGGAUUUGGUGAUAGGGGUCACUUCUGUCCCAUUUGUUUUUUAAUUGAGAAACAAAGCUGUUUUUAAUAUUUUUCGUAUCAUAUUAAGAUAUCCGUCAAAGCCUUUAGCAGUUCAAUAUUUUUUUUUUUUUUAAUGUAUUUGUCUUUCUGUAGGGGUACUGGUACCUGUUUGUUAAAAAAAAAUAAAAAUAAAGUGCUUGCAUUAAAAGUAAAUUUUAUCUUUCUGAAAGAUAGUAAUAUGAAAUUAUAGGGUUUGUGUGCAGAGAUUUUUUUUAUUUUAUUUUUUUUUUUAAAUGGUGCUUUAAGAAGAAAAAAAAAUUAACGUUUAAAAAAAAAAAAUGUAUCCUAGCUUUCUGCGGUACGUGUGUGCAUUACUUUAAUAUCGGACAGUUAAGUGCAAUUAUUCCAUCUUUCUAAUAUGCUAUUUUUGUUGGUUACUGCAGGUGUUUUUUGUUGUCUUUGCAAAGUGACAGAUUUUGAUGCCUUCUUGAUAGUGGUAGAAUUUUUGUAGCUUUUUAGAAACUUUGUAUUCAUACAGUAUGAAUUGAAAAUAAAAUCCAUUGAAAUUGU